AUGAAUUUCAUUAUCCGAACGUAUAAAUCUGCUGAUGCUCCGACGAUUGCACAGGUUUUUCGAGCCGCGAUUAUCGAAAUUGCGCCCACUGAUUAUCAACCGGCACAGGUUGAGGCAUGGCUGGCCAAUGCACCUACCGUUGAGCAGUUCGCCGCGAUGAAUGCAGAUGGACGACUGACUUUGGUGGCCGUGGAUGGUGAGGAUAAGGUGAUGGCGUUCAUUGAUCUUGAAUCCGAUGGUCAUAUUGACAUGUUGUAUGCCUUACCGGCUGUAGCUGGUACUGGAAUCGCGGUGAGUCUCUAUGAGCAGAUGGAAGCACAUGCCCGGCAGCAGCAGUUGACGCUGCUUUUUACAGAGGCAAGCGAAGCCGCGCGCAGAUUCUUUCUGCGCCGUGGUUUUGUCGAGAAACAUCGGCGUGAUUUAGAAGUGGGCGGGGUGGCUAUCCAUAACUAUGCCAUGGAAAAAGCGUCCCUCGCGUCGACUGAAAUUGAAGACAAGGUCAUGGCUCAAGCCGAGGCGAGUGUCGCCCUGGCGGACAAAAUCUGGAACCUUGCUGAGCUGGGUUAUCAGGAGCAGAACAGCAGCCAGGCGCUGCAGGGCUACCUGAAGAAAGCGGGAUUCGCCCUAGAUGCUGGCGUUGCUGACAUACCCACCGCAUUUGUUGCCAGCUUUGGUAGCGGCGGGCCAACCAUUGGUAUUCUGGCGGAAUUUGAUGCCCUGCCUGGUCUUAGUCAGGCUGCGCAGCCGUCAAGAUCACCGCUUCAAGAAGGCGGGGCGGGUCAUGCCUGUGGACAUCACCUCUUUGGUGCCGCGUCAGCCAGCGCGGGUGUCGCCAUUGCGCAAUGGCUGGAAGCCGAUGGACAGCCCGGCACGAUAAAAGUGUUUGGUACGCCAGCCGAAGAAGGUGGGUCGGGUAAAGUUUAUCUGGCGCGAGCAGGCCUGUUUGAUGAUGUGGAUAUUAUGCUGCAUUGGCAUCCGGGUAGCGCCAACUCUGCCGCACCGUAUUCAACCACGUCGAAUAAAAGUGGCCGUUUUACUUUCAGCGGCCGCGCAGCGCACGCGGCUUCCGCGCCAGAUAAAGGUCGUUCAGCCCUGGACGGUGUUGAGGCCAUGAAUUACAUGGUCAAUAUGAUGCGAGAGCAUAUUCCGCAAACUUCCCGUAUCCACUACGUCAUCACCGAUGGUGGCGAUGCACCCAAUAUUGUUCCGGAAAGGGCGCAGGUUUAUUACUACGUUCGUCACCCUGACCCUGUCAAAGUGGUUGAGUUGUUCAAUCGGGUUGUGAAAGCAGCAGACGCUGCCGCAAUGGGCACUGAAACCGAGGUGGAUGUAGAGGUGAUGCACGGCAAUUAUCCGGUGCUGCCAAAUUACACGCUGGCGAAGCUGGUCGAUGACAAUCUCCGUCAGAUGGGUGGCAUCAGCUAUACCCCGGCGGAGCAGAAAUUUGCUGAAGAGAUUUACACUACAUUAAUGAAUCCCACGUUACCGCUGGGUUCUGAAAGUCAGAUACAGGCUUUUCAGUUGCGUCAGAGCAUGGGCUCCACCGACGUCGGUGAUGUGAGCUGGCUGGUGCCAACGGUUGGUUUCAAUACGGCAACCUGGGUGCCGGGUACACCCGCGCACAGCUGGCAGGCGGUAGCAGCCGGUGGUAUGAGCAUCGGGCACAAAGGUAUGUUGCUGGCGUCACGGCUGCUGGCUAAGACCGCUGUGGACCUCAUGCAGGAUCCGCAAACCAUAGCCGCCGCUCGUGCUGAGUUUCUGCUUGCCAGGGAGGAGGGUUUUGUUUACGAAGCCUUGUUAGGAGAUCGUGAGCCGCCAUUGGACUACCGCUUGUGUCUGCAGCGCAACGGGCAUGGGGUUGCCUGGCUGAAUGUUGACCGUAGCGAGGCAACCCGCGCGCGCGCCGCCGAGUUCACGGCGUUUGAUAGUUUGACGACACUGUGUGAGUACGCUGAUGUGCUGAUAUCGGUGUGUCCGCCUGAUGCGGCGUAUGCCGUUGCUCAGAGCGUGCAUCGGGAAAAUUUCACGGGUAUUUUUGUUGAUGCCAACGCCAUAGCACCGUCCACUGCGGAAAAGAUUGCUGACCUUUUUGCAGGCCGGUUUGUUGACGGUGGCAUCAUUGGCCCACCGGCUCGUCAGCCAGGAUCGACACGUUUAUAUCUCUGCGGUGAACUGGCGUCGUCUGUAGCUGCCAUGUUCGACGGAUCUGAUCUGCAGGCGAUUGUCAUGCAGGGAAAUAGCAGCGCGGCGUCUGCGCUAAAAAUGGCUUAUGCCGCUUACACAAAAGGGUCAAGUGCACUUUUACUGGCGGUUAAUGCCUUAGCUGAGGCGGCUGGAGUAACGGAGACGUUGCAGCAGGAAUGGCAGCUGUCACAACCCGGCCUGGCUGAUCGCAGUGAAAAAACUGCUCUGGCCACAUCCAGAAAAGCCUGGCGUUUUGCAGGCGAAAUGCGUGAGAUUGCGAAGACCUUUGAGGAGCACAAUCUACCCGGGCAAUUUCAUAUUGGCGCGGCACAACUUUAUGAGUUAAUGGCACAACUGAAGGCCCUGCCACCCGCCCAUUUGUCUGAGGUAGUGCAGGUUCUUCUACAGAUAUCGGCUGAGACUGCCGCAGACAUCCACCAGUGGCUUGAACAGGACAGCAAUACCGCUGAUCUUGAGCGUCUCAAGCGUGAUCGAUCAAUUGGUCAGCAACAACCUGAUGCUGAUCCUGUGCGUAGAGUUCUGCUGUGGUGGCAGGCAAUUGAGCGACCUGCAAAUUCGGGUCUUGGUCAGCGUGUGAUGCAGGUUCGCCGCAAUCUGUCCUGGCUGCUGCUGGGUAUCGGGUUGUUGGUUGGCGUGGGGGUGAGCAGCCUGGCGCUGACCUUCGAAGGUGAGUACCCCAUCAAUCUGCUGGCGCUUCUGGGUGUGCUGCUGCUGCUUCCGUUGCUGCUUCUGUUACUCACGCUGAUGUUCUGUUUCCUGCAGGCUUUUGGCCUGAAUGCCAUAGCCUUGUUACCCCAUUGGAUGAGUCCCGGCCGCUGGACGCUGGAUCUGUUUGAACGUUAUAUCGGUCUGCAAUUCAGUGGCAACUAUGGACAAGGUGAUGCCCGCAGCAGGCUCGGCUUCUGGCAGGUUGUGGUCUUUUCGCAGUGGUUCGGGGUCGGCUUCUAUGUCGGUUCGGUGUUGGCGUUAGCAGUGCUUGUCUCUGUCAGCGACCUGGCAUUUGGCUGGAGCACAACUCUGGCGGUAGAGCCCACCUCUAUAUACAGCCUGUUUAACGCGGUGGCGUUUCCCUGGGCCAGCUUCUGGCCUGCUGCUGCGCCGGAUGCUGAGCUGGUUGAAGCCUCACGGAUAUUUCGAUUGGCUGCCCCCAGCGGCGUUGAACAGGUUGCCCGCCUUGGUAUCUGGUGGAAAUAUGUGUUUAUGAGCUUGUUGGUAUGGGGAUUAAUGCCUCGCUUAUUGCUUUUACUGCUUGGGAGCUGGCGGUUUCAUCGAGCAACCCGUACUUAUCUGCUGGAACAUUCGGAAGUGACUGCGUUAAUCGAUCGAUUGGUCUCACCGCUGAUUGAUUUAGGUGAACAUCAGGAGCAGGCAGAUCGCUCUGAGUUGUUUCCCGAAGUAGAUGUGCGGGAGUUCAAAAGGCCAGAGGGGAGUCCGGUUUCUCUGGAUUUUGAUGAUGCCUACAUUCUCGUCUGGAACGGUGCAGUGUCAGAAUCUGCGCUUCGCUCUGAAGGUGUUGGUUGGUUAUCCGCCUUAUCCACAAUCGAAGCUAUGGAUAACAUCCUUAAACAGGUGCCCGGGCCUUACGAGAAAGUGGUUGUGCUGACAAAAAGCUGGGAACCACCAUUAUUGGAGUUCCUCGACUUUCUGGCAGCUCUGCGCAAACAGGUGAACAAAACCUGCUCGAUAGCGGUGGUUCCCGUAGGUCUUGAAGCUGCCCCAGCCAGCGCAGAGGACAUCGCCGUGUGGGCUCGAACCGUAGCCGGUCUGAACGACGCCCGCACUUACGUCAUGAGUUACGGCAAGAGUUCAAUUGUUGCCACAUUGGCGGAAAAUGAAGAUAUCGCCAUCAGCUCCCGCCCGGGCACAACAAGUAAGUCGACACGAUUUGACUUCAGUGUUGAUGGUAAUGUGCUGUAUACGCUUGUCGACACGCCUGGUUUUCAGCGAGCAACCGGCGUGCUGCAAUGGCUUGAGGCGCAUGUGGAAGACGCCAGCAAUCGGGUGGAUGUGGUGCGGGCGUUUGUAAAUCAACACCAGGACGAUGAUAGAUUUCAGGACGAAUGUGAGCUUCUGCGACCGAUUCUGGACGGUGCGGGGAUCUUAUAUGUUGUUGAUGGCUCGAAACCUUACGGGCCCGAGUAUGAAAUUGAAAUGCAGAUUCUGCAGUGGACGGGCCAGCCCCGUAUGGCCUUGAUAAACCUGAUAGGGGCAGGUGACUAUCAGGAUCAGUGGCGUCGAGCGUUAGAUCAGUAUUUUUCUAUUGUGCGUGUGUUUAAUGCCAUGUUUGCGGACUUCGAUACGCGGACCAAUUUAUUACGUGCAUUUGCGGAGCUCAAUGAAGACUGGCGCGGUGACAUGGAAGCCGCUAUUGCUGCGCUGCAAUCCGAACGUAGCCGCCGUCUGCACCGCAGCGCGAUAGAAGUUGCAGAUGCGUUGAUAGAUUGCCUCAGUUAUACCGGCCAGCAGUUUGUCGAGGAGGGUGGCGCUACCGAUGGUGUCGCGCAGUCACUGCGUAACGCGCUGUUACAACGCAUCCGCGAACGCGAGCAACGGGCGCGCCAGCAGGUGCAAAGUAUUUACCGUCAUGAUCGCAUGCGCGCUGAUGAAACCGAUCUGGUGCUGUUGGAUAUAGAUCUGUUCAGUGAAGAAGGCUGGGCUUUGUUCGGCUUGUCGAGAACGCAAUUGCUGAUCACCGGUGCCAUGACCGGUGCCGUGGCUGGCUUUGGUAUAGAUGCGCUGCUUGGUGGCGCUUCCCUGCUGUUGGGUACCGCUGUGGGUGCUGCUGUGGGCAGCCUUGGCAGUUGGUUUGCUUCGGAUGAAAUUGCGAAAAUCAAAGUGCUCGGGCAGCAGUUGGGCGGCAAGCUUGUGCAGGUGGGUCCGAUAAAGGCGGCAAAUUUUCCCUGGGUAUUUUUGGGACGUGCAUGGCUGCAUCAUGAUCUGGUUCGUGAGCGUAAUCAUGCGCUGCGCAGUGUCAUGUCUGCGCAGAUGCAGGACCAGGAAAACGUGAUGGAUCAGAUCCCAGAGGACCUUCGGCGCAGGUUAGCCCAGGCGAUGGGCUCGAUUCGUAAAGAAGGUGCCUCCAGCAGGACCCGCAGUCAGAUGCAGGCCUGUGUGGAGGCGUUGUUUCAGCUCAAAUCAGGAUCAGAGCUGGCUGGCAACAAACGGCCAGUUGAUCAGGCCCCACCAACCUUCUAA